UCUAAUCUAAUCUUGUUCAUUAAUUAGCAAUGAAAAUGAAGCUUGAAGUUGACUUCAUCUCCCAAGAGCUAAUCAAGCCAUUAUCCCCUACGCCGGAGCAUCUUCGCCGGCUCCACCUUUCAUUUCUCGACCAAGUUCAGUCGCCAGUUUGUAUGCCCAUCGUCCUUUUUUACUCCAAAAAUUCCAAUUCUGAAAGAUGCAUUGUAUUAAAGAAAUCUCUAUCAAAAGCCCUAACUAUGUUCUAUCCUCUUGCUGGGAGAAUUAAUAAUGAUACCUUCAUAGACUGCAAUGACGAGGGUGUCCUCUUCGUCGAAGCUCAGGUAAACUGUCAACUCUCAGAUAUUCUUCCAAAUUAUAACCCUAGCGACAGCAACAAGUUGAUUCCUCUUCAACCUGACCAAGGCAAAGAUCUCGUUUCAUUUUUUCAGGUUACAUUCUUUAAAUGUGGCGGAUUUUGCAUUUCAUUCUCUUUGUUGCAUAAACUUGGCGACGCCUUAUCGCAGUUUCAGUUCUUGAAUAGUUGGGCUGCCAUUACGCGCGGAGACCAUUCUGAUAACAUCAGUAUUCCUAUCUUUGGUACUGCGAAAUUGUUUCCGCCCUUAAAAUUGCACUCUGGGUUUGACAACGGAGAGUUGCUCGGGAAUGAUGAGAAAAUCGUCACGAAAAGGUUUGUCUUUGAUGCUUCCACCAUAGCAGCUUUUCAAGCUAAGUUCGGCCAUGAAAUUGGCUACACGUCUUCUAGAGUAAUAGCUUUAGUCGCUGUCUUAUGGAGCCGGUUCAGGGCCGUCAUUCAGACAAAGAAAACAGACAGUAAUUAUAUCUGGACGCUCACUAAUUAUGUGAACUUUAGGCCAAGAGCGGAGCCACCGUUUUCAGAGAUGUAUUUUGGUAAUUUUAUUACUACAGCCUUUGUGCAGGUUAACAUAAAAGACCGGUCCGCAGAUGAAAAAUACAAUGAUGAUGCUCGAGUUGUUAGUCAAAUACGCGAUGUCCUAAGAAGCGUGGAUAAAAAAUAUGUCGAAAAUCUUCAAAAGACUGAUGUGGUGUUCAAUUUAAGGCAAGAAGAAGUUAGGAAAUUGGUUAAUGGAGAGGUGAUUGAUUUUUUCUGCACUAGCUUAUGCAAGAUGCGAAUAUAUGAAGCUGAUUUCGGAUGGGGAAAGCCUGUGUUUGUAGGUUCAGCUCAUUUGCCUUUCAACAAUGGAGUUUCAUUAUUCGAUACGAAAGACGGAGGUGGUAUAGAGGCAUGGAUAACCUUGAAGGAGGAAGACAUGGCUAAACUUGAGGUUGAUAAGGAGUUUCUUGCAUAUGUUAAUUCUUCUACUCAUCCAUUCAAAUUGAAUGCUAAUUCAAGAAUAUGA